GGCGCACGUUACAUCAGUACGUGUGAGCUUUACGGCUGGGUCUCCCGACGGGAAGGUGAAUGCGUCCUGCGCGUGUCGGUGUUUCACUUCUUUUCGGCUUGUAGAGUUUGGACCUCAUGGCGGAAAUAAUUCAGGAACGCAUAGAGGAUCGAAUUCCCGAGUUGGAACAGCUGGAACGCAUUGGACUGUUCAGUCACGCGGAGAUUAAGGCUAUCAUUAAGAAGGCUUCUGAUCUAGAAUACAAAAUACAGCGAAGAGCACUUUUCAAGGAAGACUUUAUCAAUUAUGUUCAAUAUGAAAUUAAUCUUUUGGAGCUGAUCCAGAGAAGAAGAAGACGCAUUAAAUAUUCAUUUAAGAGGGAUGAGAUUGAGCAUUCUAUUGUACAGCGAGUACAAGGUGUCUUCCGACGUGCUUCAGCAAAGUGGAAAGAUGAUGUUCAGCUUUGGCUAUCUUAUGUAGUUUUUUGUAAGAAAUGGGCUACCAAAGCUCAACUUAGCAAAGUGUUCUCUGCCAUGUUGGCCAUUCAUUCGAACAAGCCAGCUUUGUGGAUUAUGGCGGCCAAAUGGGAAAUGGAAGAUCGCUUGUCUUCAGAAAGUGCAAGGCAGUUAUUUCUUCGGGCUCUUCGCUUUCACCCAGAGUGCUCAAAACUCUAUCAAGAAUACUUUAGGAUGGAGCUGAUGCAUGCUGAGAAACUCAGAAAAGAAAAGCAAGAAUUUGAAAAAGCUGACAUGGACAUGGGGGAUUUUGAUCAUCCUGAAGAAAUCCUUAAGGGCGAGUUGGCACGGAUCAUCUACAAAAAUUCUAUAAGCAAGAUUAAAGGUGCAGAAUUUCAUGUGUCACUACUUUCAGUUGCACAGCUUUUUGACUUUGCCAAAGAUCUACAAAAAGAAAUUUAUGAUGACCUUCAGGCUUUGCACACAGAUGACCCUCUCACUUGGGAUUAUGUGGCACGUCAAGAAUUAGAGGUUGAGUCCCAACCAGAGGCACAACCACCAACAAAACAAGCCAAAGCAGUGGAGGUGUGCCGAAGGGAGGAGCGAAGCUGUGCUGUCUAUGAAGAGGCAGUGAAGACUCUCCCUACAGAGCCCAUGUGGAAGUGUUAUGUCAGCUUUUGCUUGGAACGAUUUUCUAAGAAGACAAGUAGUGAGUUCCUCAGAAGGAAGAGGCUAGAAAGAACCAUGAUUACAUUCAGGAAGGCAAAUGAACUCAGACUUCUCUCGGAAUUCCACUAUAAGCAAUGGAUCGAGUUGUUGCUGCAACAUGACUUCUUUACAGAAGCUCUGAAGGUGGCAGAAACUGGGACUGAAUUGUUCAAAGACUCUGUAACGAUGUGGCAGAAAAAGCUGCAGGUGCUGUUGAAGUCAAAGAGCCCAGAUAUAGACAAGCGUUUUGAAGAAGCCUUUGUGCACCUGAAGCCCCAGGUUUGUCUGCCCUUGUGGAUUUCUUGGGCAGAAUGGAGCGAAGCUGCUGAAAGCCAAGAAGACACGGAAGCUAUCUUUAAGAAAGCUAUUUUAGCUGUCACGGGUGCCAGCUCAGUUACUCUGAAAGAUAAAUACCUUGACUGGGCUUAUCGAAGUGGUGGCUACAAAAAGGCCAGAGCUGUGUUUAAGAGUUUACAGGAAAUCCGUCCAUUUUCAGAUGAGUUUUUCAGGAAAAUGAUCCAGUUUGAAAAAAAGCAAGAAUCCUGCAAGAUGGCUAACUUAAGAGAAUAUUAUGAGAGGGCUUUGAGAGAGUUUGGAUCUGUAGAUUCUGAUCUCUGGAUGGAUUACAUCAAAGAAGAGUUGAACCACCCCCUUGGUAGACCUGCGAACUGUGGACAGAUCUACUGGCGAGCCAUGAAAAUGUUGCAGGGGCAGUCAGCAGAGUUGUUUGUAGCUAAACAUGCUAUGCAUCAGGCUGGCCAUUAGUGAAGAGACAAAUAGAACCAACUUUGUGAAAUUGUACUGCAAGUCCUCUGGGCAGACUGUAUUAUGAAUCAGUGUAUAAAUUGUUCAGUUGGCACACAGAUGGCUGAUUGAUUUUUGAGACAUGCUUUAAUUUUGUAUUACAUGUUAAUGUUUAGUUCCAGAAAAGAGAACUUUUUAUUAAAUGGCUACUUGUGGGGGCUAGACCUACCAUAAUUCUUAAAUAUUUUCCAAAACAUAGGGAAAUCAUAUAACUGAGUGUUAUUUAUUAUCCCUGUUCAAGCAUGCAUAUCUCUAAUGUGGAACUAGGAGCUAGUUAAAAUGGAGAAGAAAGUACAGUUUUGUUUUAUUAUCAAAGUCUACAUGAUAGGCAUUUGGAUAUGGAAGAAAAAGGAUAGUGUAGAGAAGAAAAUGAAUGCCUCCUAUUAAUCCAGCUAAAGUUGAACUCAAUAAUUUGAUUUCCUUUAUUAGAAUUGGAUUUAUACUUUUAGAACAUUCAUUUAAGAAGCAUUUGAACAAGAAAUAUGUGCUCAUGUGCAGAAAAGAAAGGAGGUUUUUACUGAUGGGAGAUAGGGGUUGGAAAAACAGGUAAAUGUCCUAAAAGAGGUGGAGUAGCAGAGAAAAAGGUGCUAAGUAUUGGGGAAAAAGUUGUUCAGUUUAAAAUGUCUUCUAUCAAGGACUAAUGAGGAGAGAAGUGUUUGCUUGGAGAAGCCCAGCAAUACGGGAGGGGCAGGGUAGAGAGUAGAUUUCGGUGGCAGAAAAGUAUGUCAUCAGGGAGUUAUGGAAGGAUGGCUUGGAGCAGAGAACGGUAUUCUGGGAGCAGAGGAGGAAAUCAUUUGAAUUAUAUUCUUUGUUUGAGAUAGAGUCUCACUAUGUAGUUCAUACUGGCCUUGAACUUACUAUAUAGCCUAGGCUGGCCUUGAACUCACAAUGAUCCUCCUCCUCCCCCAGCCUUCCAACUUCCAAUUGCUGGGAUUACAAGCAUGUGCCACUAUCCCUGGCUUGAAUUAUUUAGAUAGAUAGAUAGAUAGAUAGAUAGAUAGAUAGAUAGAUAGAUAGAUACUGGGGAUCAAACUCGGAUCCUUGCACUUGCUAGGCAGGCAGCGGAACCACUGAGCUAAAUCCCUGGCUCUUGAAUUAUAUUCUUUAAUUUAACAUUGUGAUAUCAUUGGGAGAAGCACUCAGUGCGUUUUUAUUUAAAGUUUAACUUAAUAAGGCCAGGGAUUUAGCUCAGUGGUUCUGCCUGCCACGCAAGCUCAAGGUCCUGAGUUAGAUCCCCGGUACCAAAAAAAAAAUGUUUAACUUAAUACUGUAUUAUUUUCUCAUGCCAUUAAACUUAAAAACAUUGAAUGAAGUUGGGCAUGGUGGCACAUGCCUAUAAUCCCAGCACUCUGGAAGGCUGAGACAGGAGGAUCACAAAUUCAAGCCCAAGUUGGACAACUUGGCUACACUCUUCCUCAAUAUAAAAAGUGAAAAAGGGGUGGGAAUAUAGUUCAAUGCAAAGGUCCUGGAUUCAAUCCUUAGUCCUACUCCCCUUUCCCCAAAUUAAUUUCCCCAAUUGAAUUUAUGGCAUUCCGUUGAAAAAUAAGCCAUGACUUGUUUUAGUAAUUUAAUCCUCUAUGGUUAGAUCAUUCCUGAUUUUUAUUAUAAAUGCUUUUCAUAUUAAUGAAGAUAAUGUGCUUUUCGUGUUUCUCUUGUCUUCAUGUUCUUAGAUGAUUUAAAAACCCUUUCUCAUUUAUGUUUUUAAUGUAUUAAGAUUAUUAGUCUUUUGAUUGUCUCUCAAUUGUUGCAAAUAAUUUUACACAUCCUCACCCCA